AAUGUUACUCCUUCACUUUCUCACUUCUCUCAGCUGCAGUUCUCUGUGUGACCAGGCAGCGGCGCUGUUUCCACAGUUGGUGAACUACCUCUAUUUGGUCAAGGACUAGCUAUGUUGUGAAAAUCUUUCAAAUUUGUACAUUUUCAGUGAUUACGCGGACUUAUCUGGAAGUCUGCUUUUUUGCGGAGGGGGACCGUGUGACCGACUCCCUGCGGACUGUGUGGCCGGACCAGGGUUCGCUGUUCCGGGCAGCUGCUGAGCAGUUUUCUGAUCUCUUGACUGGAGGAUUUUUUUUUUUUUUUUUUUUUACUGCAAACCAAGUUAGCUCAACAGCUAAUCCUAAAAGUCACGUCACCUGUGCGGACUCGAAUUAAAAAGUUUCACGUCAGAGCCGGGACAGCCGGGUGAGCGUUAACUGUAUGCCCUUACAAAAACUUUACGUCGAGUGUUUUUGCGCGGGGUUCGUAUUUUAUGUCGCUUUUACGCAGCCGUUAAGAUUUCCGUUAGAGACAGCAGCAAGUGAAGCGUAGCUGUGAAUUAUAAAUGACGGUCCGACCCGUAGUCGUACACGGAUACGGUGUUUUUCUGAGGGAAAUGUGGUAGAGAGAGACGACAGCUUCGGUGUUCAGCCCGCUGACUUGGCGGCUCUGGGUUUGCUGCUCGUGAGGCCUGCGGGUCGGGCUUCCACCGGGCUUGAGUAGAGCCCGACGCCGCCUUCGAAAGCUCGGAGGCCGGCAGUUGGAGCUGCCACCGCCGGGCCUGCGGACCAAGGUAUGGAACGGAUGGAAGUGGACCAGUGCGCAGGCGCAGCUGGCGGGGCAGGAGGCGGGGCACUCCGUAGAUCGAACAGCGCCCCCAUGAUCACCAAUGUCAGUGACGGGAUGACGGUCUUCAGUCCGGUGUCCUCGGCGCGGUACAGACGCAGCAGUGUGUCCAUCAACCCCAGCUGCCCUUCACAGCUCAUCCCCCUCUCUCCUUUCUCUCUGACCGGAGACAGACUCGACCACAAGAGGCAGGAGGAGAACAUGGAGAUGAAUCUCAGAGGAAGUCUGCAGAGACUAAGUGCUUCCAGUCUGAUCCCAGCUCCUCCUGUAAGUCAGUGGCACAACCACGCAUCAGUGUGGUUCCAGUCACAGGACAGCGGCAUCACACCCAACUCUUCCCCAAGUCCCACCAGGAGGUUCAGACCAGCAGUCAGCGCCACGGUGAGAUGGCCGGCUCUCACUCCCCUCAAGAGGAAAGGAGGGGUGGAGUCUGACGGGCCCCCAAAGAAGCUUUUUGUUGCCGGAGUAACAGAUCCCGCCCACCGCAGCAGCUACACUGUCAGUGUGUCUCAGUCGGCCGCGGACUCUCCUCCCGCUGGAGGCGUGAGCCCUCCACCCUCCAGCUGCCUGUCUGUCUCUCCUCCCCCCUCCUUCACCCCCCACCAGCGCCCGGGACACUAAAACCCCUCCGCACCCAGAGUCCUGACCCUGUCACUGUGGGUGCACACCGACCACCAGCCGCUCCAGAGACACUGAGACAAAAAUCCUGGAGGAACAUCAAACCCAUUGCACCUUAUUUCUGUUCCGGGGUACACUGUAAGUCCCGCCUCUUCCUGUGACCACAUUGGACGGACAGAAGAAUCAUACGAAAUGAAAAGACCGGCCCGGUUUUUAUGCUCCCUGAGUGUCGUUAUUGUCGGGGGAAAGUAUCUUAGUUUGGAUGCCUGGACGCGUCACAAAGGUCCAAAUCAGUCCCUCCAGAAAAACGUGAUUAUGCGAUCGCAUAAUUCAACGCAUAAUCAGCCAAAAUCUGCAUAU